UUCAUUUCCAUAUUUUCCGUUCCUGGGACAGCAGUUAAAAACUUCAUUUAUUCUACACAAAAUAAAAGUAAAAUUGAAAGAUAACCCGCCAGUAAUGAAUGACAAUGGAGAACAAAAAGUUGGGGUUGAAGAAAAACCAGUUACCAUCGCUGUCUCAUCUCGCACCUUAUUCGACUGGAGAUACACCCAAUAUCAACAGGAGAACGAAGACCAGCCCCUGAAAGCAGGGGUUGCGUUUCCUUUUGUGAAGGCUUUGAUGACAGUAAAUUCUCUGUUGAAGGAGCUCUACCCAAAGAGUGAGGAGCUAUUUAACAUAGUCUUGAUGUAUAACCAGGCUUCGGUUAGGGAGCGCCUUAACAAAAGUAUCGAUUACUAUGGUUUAAAUAAAGAUGGAUUUCGCAUGAUCGAAGGAAGAAGACCCAUUGGCCUUGUUAAGACCAACCUCUACCUAUCUAAGGAUGCUACGAAAGUCAAAGAGGCCAUUGGGGAGGGCAUUGCUGCUGCCACCAUGUUUAAUCCAGACAUGAAAAACCAGUUGAGCAACACCGAGUUAAAAGUGGUCUUUGAUGGGGAUGGUGUGCUGUUUUCUGACGAGUCUGAAAAAAUAUAUAAAGAAAACGGCUUGGAUGCAUUUAAUGAGAACGAGAAACAGCUUGUAAACACACCUCUUGCACAAGGUCCAUUGAAGUGUUUCUUGGAGGCACUUGUGAAGCUUCAGAAGAAGUUCCCUGCUGAGAAAGAGCCUGCCUGCCCCAUACGUACCUACUUGGUAACAACCCGCAGUAAGGAUGACAGCUCAGGGACCCGUGUCCUGGAGACUUUGAAGAGCUGGGGCCUUAAGAUCGAUAAGGCCCACUUCCUGGCUGGGGCACCUAAAGGGCCCGUUCUGCAGGAAAUCCAGCCACACAUCUUCUUUGAUGACAAGAUAUCAAUUAUUGAGGAGGCAGAAAAACUUGGGAUUAUCUCUGCACAUGUGAAUUAUGGGAUUGGGCAAGUACCAUAAGAGCAAAUUUAUUGAGCAGCCUGCAAAAGACAAGUUGACAUUUUAUAAUUGUUGAGUGCUUUUAUCAAUAUUUUAUACUCUUAAAUGGGAAAUAGGGUAUAAUUUACCUUGUGACACAGGUCCCCUGUGGCCUCAAGUCUUCUGUCCAUGCCCCUUUGGAGAGACUGUAUCACCUCCCCUUUUUAUUGAAUUGAAUAGAUUUUAUGUUGUCAUCUUUAAUAUUGGAAUUUUCAUAUAAUUACCAUACAAUUAUCAAUUGAAUAGCACAAUUUGUCUUGUUGCAGUGUCACAUCACAUCAUUGUAUCAUCUGUGUUGCACCCACACAUUCCAGCUCAUGCAUUUCAUUUUGUUCCUUGAAACCAAGAUUAAUUGAUUCAUCUCAAUGUCAAUAAUGCCCACCUGCUUUAUGCAGGUGGAGGAUGAAGCUGUGUGCUAGCGGAAGGUACUGCUUUAAUGCCACAUUGUUGUGGAGUUUGGCAUUAUGUCUGUAGUGUUUGCGUGAUGUGGCUUAACUGUGGGUGUGUCAGUGUCAGUUGGGUGUGUCAUGUCAGUUUCCUUUCUGUGAACACAUUUCAAUCAAUAUACAUUUUGCUUUGUAAAAUAAUGUGGUGCCAUGUCUCACCAGUGCACAUACAUUUUGCUGCAUUGGAUGAUUUAUCCUAAGGUGAAUGGUUCCAACUGGGUGUGUAUGUAAAGUCAAAAGUGUUGUAUCUUUGGUAUUUAACUUUUACAUUCUAUGAGUCUGAUGGACUUGCAGUUUUUGUAGUAUCUGUAGAAUUUCACCUUUAAGUUUACCAAACAAUUGUUUGUUGCUUACUUUCAAAUUUGUUUUCUUGUUUUCCCCCUCCCCAUCAAACAUCGUAUCUGUUCUAGUGCUGUAAAUGUUCUGAUGAUAAAUAAAAUCAUAAAUAAAAUCAAAAUUAAAUAAAGAAUA